AUGGCCACGGGCACCGACCUGUACGAGACCCUGGAGCUGAGCUACGGGCCCCCCCGGGCCCGAGGGGAGACCCCUGCCCCGCGGGGGUGCCCCCUGUGCCCCUGGGCGCUGGGCACGGCGGUGCUGCUGGUGCUGGGGGCUGCGCUGGCAGCGCUGGGCACCCUCUACGUGCAGGGGCGGGCGGAGCUGCGGGCGGUGCGGGCAGAGCUGGCAGCGACCGCGGACCUCCUGAUGCCCGACCCCGACGGUCCCCGGAGCCCAGGAGAGACCCCGGCGGCGGCACGGAGGCGGCAGGACCAGCUCGGGCGGUGGCUGCAGGGGCUGGCACUGGGCUGGCACUACCACGCCGGGAAGAUUUACCUGUUCUCAGCGGAGGGCCGGCCCUGGGCAGCGGCCGAGGCCUCGUGUGUGGCCACUCACGCCCACCUGGCAUCGGUCACCAACCCCGAGGAGCAGGCGUACCUGGCCCGCCAGUCCCGGGGUGGCACUUACUGGAUCGGGCUGUCGGCCACGGGCCCGGGGGCUCCUGGCGCUGGGUGGACGGGACCCCCUACUCGCCCUCCAACAGUUUCUGGGCCGUGGGGCAGCCGGACAACACCGACCACGGGCACUGGGGGGCCGAGGGCUGUGCCCAGAUCCACCCGGUGGGCAACGGGCUCUGGAACGACCACAACUGCAACUUCAGCUUCCCCUGGAUCUGCGAGAGGGAGCUGCGGGCGCCCUGAGCCCGUGGGGCUGGGGGGGCAAGGCUGGGACACAAACCCCGUGUCUGAGCUGCGGGAGUGA